AAAUUGUCUAUUUCAAAAAAGUUUAUAACAAUUAAUUAAAAGAAACUUGUAAAAAAUAAUUUGUUAAAAAAAAUUAAAAUACCUUCAAAUUAUAACAUCUUCACAAGCUUGUUAGAGCUAUAAAAAGUGUUUGUUAAAAACGGAUUUUUAACAGAAUUUUCAACCUUUUGGAAUACUUUAAAUUUGUGCUUUAAUUGACUGAGUUCAUAAUCGCGGUGAUUAUAAGAAUAAUUAUAUUAAGCAGCUUGUCAUCAGGUCCUCUACGAAUCACUCAAAAUGUGGCACUGGAUGGAAAUAGCAUUGAUAUUUCUUAUUUUUCAAGAUUAUACACAAAGUUUGCGUUUGGUCGAAGUGCGAAUACCAAAUUACGUGGUUAAGGGCUCAUCAGCACAGUUGGAAUGCCUGUACGAUUUGGAUGGUGAAUCGUUGUACUCAGUGAAGUGGUACAAGGACGGCAACGAGUUCUAUCGAUACGUGCCACGAGACAUGCCACCAGCACAGACAUUUCUGCUGCCAGGUGUUUUAGUGGAGCUCCACAAUUCCAGUGAUGCCAUUGUUACAUUGCGCAAUGUCAACCUACAGUCGGCGGGACGUUUCCGUUGUGAAGUUUCCGGUGAAGCGCCAUCUUUUCAGACAGUCACCGAACACGGCGAUAUGGUUGUGGUUUCUCUGCCCGAUCAGGGACCACCGAAAAUCACCGGUGGCCGCCCACGUUAUCAAAUCGGCGAUUGGGUUCGUAUAAACUGUACAGUUGGCCGUUCGAAACCUGCCGUUGAACUCUCUUGGUUUGUGAAUGGUGACCCAGCUGAACCCCGUGCUCUACGAAAGUUUCCUUCAGUCAUAUCUGGGCGCGAAGGUUUGGAGACUUCCAUCUUGGGCUUGCAAUUCCGUGUUGAGCAGCAUCAUUUUCGUAAUGGUGAUAUGAAAUUAAAGUGUGUCGCCUCCUUAUCCACCUUAUAUUGGCGCAGUAACGAAGAGUCGGUGGAAGGCGAUCGCCCACAAAAAGCGCCUGUUUUAGAAUCGCGCGAAACCGUCUACGCCAGCAAUUCACGCGCCGAUCCAGUGCAAGGUAUGUCACUACGGGAAAUAUUUGUUACCAAAAUCUUAUCGUUUUUCAUUCAACCAAAUGCAGCCAGCAAAACGGAUUCACAUCUAAUGGCGCAUGCGCCUAGUUUGUUGUUGUUGCUGGUUGUGGCGACAGCCAUUGCCAGUGGUUGUGUGGAAGAGUUGUAUAUGUGGCUGCAGGAUAAUAUUAUUGAGCAACAAGAGAAACGACAAGAGGAACAAAGGCGAAAACUGAGUUUUGAAAAUGAAAAAGGAUAUACGAAACGGGAAGGAGGAGAGUUAAUGCCAAUUCAGCAGCCAGAAAAACGAAUUAUUUCAAGCAAAAUCAAUCACGUGAUCAGUACAGAGUAUGAAGCGGUAAUGCCACUGCUCCAAUGGCGGCUACACCGGCAACAACAGCGACAACAGAAACAACUAAAAUUUCAGCAGCAACAACUACACCAACUGCAACAGCAAAAGCAGCAGGUGCAAAUAUGUCGGCAACAUUGGCAUGUUAAUGAGCUGAACGAAGGCGUGGUGGAGCGGAAAUGCAAAAGAGCGUACGAAUUGAAAUUUGUUAAUUUAUGUGCGGAAAUGCUGCCAGUGUUGACAGCAAUGACAGCAUCCUCUGUAGCGACAUAUGCCACCGUCGCCGACGUUCAUUGUGAUGCCGUUAUUGCGGAAUCCGAUGUUGUCCCAGCUGUCGCUGCGGCGUUGCCAAUUAAACGAUUGCUGGCUGUGAGGUAACUGCGCUACACAGAGGUGCAGACGGUGUAAGAAGCGAAAAGAAAGGCUACUCUAUCUACACCAUUCUCUUGCUGCUGCUGCUGCUGCUGCAGUAAAAUAAUCGAGGCAUGCAAUCGAGCGAGCUCUUGGCCAUUACAAACAACAACAACAGAAACUGAUGAAAAUAAAUGAACAAAAAUUUAAAUCUUCAAUUUAAAUUAAAAUCAGUUCAAAGGACAGUUGGCGCAUGUAAAUUUUGUAAGGCAGGUGUAAUCAUGGCCGUACAUGU